AUCCUCUGGUAACACUGACAUUGCUAAAAGUUUCGCUAACGUUGCAAAACGAACGAAAAUCAAUCCAAAAUCCACCCGCGUUCAAAAUGAGUUCCAAGUCCUUUUUCGACAGCGACGAAGAUGCCGCCCAGUCCAACAAAUUGGCAAGGAAAGCCAAGGAAUCGCCCUUCAUGCUAGUAGGUAUUGCAGGAUUCGUGGCCGCCGGAGUUAUUGGAGCAUACAAGUACCGAAACCGUGGAACGAUGAGCACUAGUGUGUUCCUGAUGCAGUUGCGAGUUGCCGCACAGGGAACCGUGGUUGGUUGUCUGACCGUUGGAUUGGCCUACAGUAUGGCGAAGGAAUACUUGUUCGACAAGGCGCCUAAGGAAAAUACAAAGUCAUUGACUAACUAAACCAUUUGAUUGUACGGCAUCCCUCUCUAAAAACCACCCACCAACACAAACCGGGAUGACAUUGGCUAGAUCACUUACAACUAAGCAAUCGGUAACUCUAUUUAUUGCAUCAUCAAAGAUUCAUACUGAUCAAGAGGGCUACGAUCACUUGGGGGCUGGACUCUCUCUAAUAUUUACGAGAUCCAAGCACUCAGAAUUAGAUAAUGUUUUGUAUACCUGCGUAAGAUUGUGAUAUUGUGUGUUUUAAUUGUACAAGUUGAACAUCCAAACGAAAGCUGUUGAUGGAAGACGACAAAUGAUGAAUACCUCUCGCAUGAUAUGAUAUAAUUAAAUAAAACUAUUUAGUUUAAAAACACAGCA